CUUAGGCGAUAACUUAUUGAUUUUUCAUAUACAUCAGCUAGGAAAAAACGGAAGGUUUGAAAAAUACCGUCAAAACCAUAAAAAUGGGAGCCGCUUUCUUUCCCGUGCUGUUUUUCACCGCCUUGUGGGGCGGCGUGGGCAUCGCCAUGCCCAUAAUGACCCCCAAAGGACCUCACCAGAACCUGAUUCGCUGCAUCCUGAUGCUGGCCGCCGCCUGCUGCUGGCUCUUUUGGCUCUGCUGCUACAUGGCCCAGAUGAACCCGCUGAUUGGACCCAAACUGAAGCGGGAUGUGGUGGCCAUGAUCGGCAGGUCCUGGCACAACGAAAUCGUGGCUGGCUAAAAAGGAUUCUAAUUAAUGAGCAGUUUUAGCCAACUAAAGUAUUUCAGCAAACUUACCAAAUAAACUGUUUAUAUUGUGUUGUAAAUAAUAUGUGCAAGUACCCAAUGUUCUGAACUGUUAGCUGUUUAAAAUAAUAUUUAUAUAUAUAUUUAUUUGGAAUAUUUUUGUUUAACUAAUUUCAUGCAAUUUUUAUUA